CCGGUCGCCAGCGGCCAGCCUGCUGUGCACCCCCUCCUCGCGGGUUCGAAACAGUUGGGAGUUGGACCCACUCCAGCUUCGGCUCCAGGAGGCGCCUCCUGAGCGGUCUGCCCUCCUGGGGCCAUGGAGAAGGCCGCCCAUAAAAGCAAAAAAGGCAAAAACGUUGGCUUCAAUGUCAAGUCAUCCAUACACAACUUGAGCAAAACUCAGCAGACCAAACUCACUGUGGGCAACCUGGGCUUAGGCCUGAUCAUCAUCCAGAAUGGGCCCUACCUCCAGAUCACCCACCUCAUCAGGACGGGGGCUGCAGCCACGGAUGGAAAACUCCAGCCAGGUGAUGUUCUGAUUAGUGUUGGCCAUGCCAAUGUGUUAGGAUAUACUCUUCGAGAAUUUUUAAAACUUUUGCAACACAUCACCAUAGGAACAGUGCUACAAAUCAAGAUUUACCGAGAUUUUAUUGACAUACCCCAAGAAUGGCAAGAAAUAUAUGAUUUAAUCCCUGAGACCAAAUUCCCGGUAACACGCACAACAAAGAAAACUGAGCAGGCAAAAGACCCUUUGGCAAGCAGUGAUGACAGUGAAGAUGUAGUUUCAGAUAAAAAACUUAAGUAUUAUAAAUAUUCAAGGUCCAGUGGGCAUCACUCUGCAAGGAGACCAAUGUCUAUCUCCAGAGAAUGGCAUGGCUACAAAAAGAAGAACCGUACUAUUAGUGUAGGAAAAGGGAUUAAUGCUGAUGUGGUGAUUCACAAAGAUCCCAAGAGAGAAGUGAGGCCCCCUUCUCCAUACUGGACAAUGGUGAAGCGAGACAACCAAAGCUCUUCCUCAUCCACAGCCUCCUCUACCUCAGAUGCAUUUUGGCUAGAAGACUUUGCCCAAGUUGAAAAGGGCAGGGGUCAACCUGUAUCAAAAGUUGCUUAGGCAGCAGUCUGCAAACUGGUGAUCACAUGAGCAUCUAAUUUUUGUGCAUUGCUAUGCACAGGUUUGCUAUACUUACAGGAGGAAUAUGUGCAGACUUACCCAUUCUUUCACAAGUGCAUUCUGAUGCCGUCAGAGAUAUUCUUCAAUGUGAUAAUCCAAAGACUUCCCUGGGGUCAGACAGGUCUCACCACCUUAUUCUCAAAAUAGCAACAUCAUUAACACACUCCCUUCUGAGAAGAACAUCUCAUCUUUUACAAAAUGUGGCAGAGGAACCCAGGACCAGAAUGUAUGAACAUAGAGAGAAUUUCAAUUUUUAAAGUGGAGCUGUUGGGGAGAAGAUGGUGGAGACCUCUACAAUGCAAGAGGAGUCGACAUUUUUCAUGUGGAAAAAAUUGGGAA